GAUCGAGUUGCUGCCUUGUCUGCAUUGUCAGCCUAAACAACAGAAAUUGGCAGAUUUCUGUUUUUUCUCUACAAUGCAUGAAUGGGAGUCGCCAGAUUACGAGCCCUCACUUCCCGUUUCGGAGAAGUCAAACCCGCUGACUCGUGACAUCGACCAGGCUUCACCCGGUCGCAUUGUGAGGAUGUUGCAGAGCUGUGACGCCGAGAUGUUUCUCAAAGGGACCGGAAGCACUUACAAGAUGCUUUUGAGUGACAAAGUGAUGAAAACCAUGAUGGGGGUGGCUGAAGAAGUGGAGGUCAUCCUCAAGGAGCCCCUGGACAGCCUGGUUGUCUUGAGUGGCUGUGGGACUUCAGGUCGCCUGGCUUUCCUAGUGGCGUCAGGAUUCAACAACAUGCUGAAGGAGGUGAACCACAGUGAGGUCUACGAAUACAUCAUCGCAGGAGGGGACAGAGCGCUGUUUUCCUCCCAAGAGGCUCCAGAAGAUGACCCCCACCUGGGCAUGCUAUGCCUUAAGAAGGCGUGUGAAGGGAAGAAGAGGGUUUUGUUUAUUGGGAUCUCUUGUGGAUUAUCUGCUCCAUUUGUGGCAGGUCAGUUGGAUUUCUGUCUGCGGCACCUGGAGGUCUUCACUCCCGUUUUGCUUGGUUUUAACCCUGCACAUCAGGCACGGAAUGAACCCGUACGAGGUUGCCCUUUCACCUUCCUCAAUGUGGUCCAAAGAAUGCAAGCACUUGCUAAAAGUCGAAGGGCCUUUCUCAUCAACCCAUCAGUUGGGCCAGAGGCGAUCAGUGGCUCUUCCAGAAUGAAAGGAGGCAGUGCAACCAAGAUGCUCCUGGAGGUCAUCCUGUGUGCUGCUCAUGCUGCCGUGUUCUCACACGAAGCUGCCACACACCAGGCCAUCUUGCAGCACCUGAGAGCCUAUGAGAAAAGUGUGGCAGUCACAUACUCUCACAGUACAGCCAUAGCUGGCCUGGUGGCUGCAGCUGGGCAGAGUUUGCUCUCUAAGAAACAUGUGUGUUACCUGGGCUGGGGAAGCCUGGCUGUGCUGGGCCUCAUUGAUGCCAGUGAGUGUGAGCCUACGUUUGGAGCUGCCCAAGGAGAUAUUCAAGGUUUCAUAAGUGGUGGAUACAGAGCGCUCAACAACAAUGAGGGUUCCAUUGCUUUGAUGGGUCCCCAGUUUUGCAUUUCACAUAAAGACUUUUUGCUCCAUGUCCUACCCUCUCUUGAUGACCAAGACACUGUGAUUCUCAUCUACAACGAUACUGACAAUAUUGCUGAAGUAAUGAACAUAGCUUACCGAGUGAGGGAAAAGAUGUCUAAUCUCUAUGCUAUUUAUCACCAGGCUGAUGGAGAUGAUGCUGGUUUACACGAGGAAAUAAAUCGAUUAUAUAAGUCCACCUUAACAUUGUCCUGGCCACUACCUACUUUUGGAAAAAUACAGCACAUGUGGGAGCUGUCCACCAAGUUGGUUCUGAAUGCUGUGAGCACGGGAGCGCACAUCCUAAAGGGCAAGGUUUACCAAAACCACAUGAUUGACCUCCAAGUUACCAACAGCAAACUUUACCGCCGAGCUACUCGUUUAAUUCAGUGCUCAACCAGCAACAGCCAUUGCCUCUCACCAAAGUCUCGGUGCUUCUUGACGAGCAUCGGCUGCUGCCUCUCGCUCCUGGUUUGGCGGUGCUUCGCCCGCAGCUGUCAUGUGUUCCUGAUUGGAUUCUGCUUUCCCAUUGGGACCCUCCUUGAGGACUACGGCUUGAGUGGCCCCUUAGGGAUUCUGGCACUUGGCGUCCUUGCCUGCCCCUUGAACUGCUCAGCCGAGAAAUUGUCUGGUCAUCCUGAGGCCCAGUGUGAGGAGGCUCUCCUGAAGGUUAUUUACAAGUUGGACCGCCUGCCUGAGGACAUCAUAUCCUGUCACAUGACCACCCACACAGCCUCUGGCAUGGAAAGGACGAAGGUAGUGCCUCUGACCUUGGUCUCAUUGCUGACUGGUUGCUCUUUUGAUGAUGCGAAGUCUCAUCUGGAUCAGGAGCCAAUCAUACGAAAGGCUGUGGAAGCAUGUUUGCAGUCACGUCCAAGAUAUGAAAUUAAGCAACAGAUAUAAUACAGAUAUAAAUUACACUUUUCUGUAGACGAAUGUCCCAAUCUCACAUUCUGCUAUAUUUUUAGCUUCUCUUUUAGCCCUCAAAAUCAUGUUGAAUGUAUUUGCAUUUUUUUCUGAUCCUCAUGUUGAAGUCUUAAAUGGUAAUGUUUUAAAUCAAAUCCGAACGCAUUGAAACAUUUGGGUAUGCAAGAUGCAAAAUAACACUUUUGUUGGAACAGUGUUUUCACUUCUAUUACUUUGUGCUGUUUUCACUUGCUCAUUCAGUAGAGGCUGGCAGUAUUUGGGAGAUGGGAAAAUCUUCUUCCAUGUCCGUAUGUCCGUGUAUAAAAUCAAACCAUGGCAUACAUUUUCAAGUUCUUUUGGGAGGAAUCUGUCUACAGCAGGGUUGUAAUUGUUGUGGAGUUUUUGUCAUGCCCCUGGCAUCCUCCCCAGGCUGGGCGUGGUCAGCCAAUUAGUUGGGACACACCUGCACCCCUUUUCGACUGAUUACACCUGGUACUUAUAGGACACAGGGGACAACUAGUCCUCCGCCUGAUCGUUGAUUCCCAUGCCUCGUUCCCGCACUCCCGUAUACCUGACCUACCGUGUACCGACCCUCGCCUGUUCCUUGUCCAUCCUAGUAAGCCUGCCUCUUCUGAUACUGCUGCUUUUCCUGACUGACUCGCUGA